AUGGCUGCACAGCAGCUCGGCGCCAUGUGGCCGUCGCCGGUUGCUGGCUAUUCCGAGGCCUUCUUCUUCGUCUCCGGCUAUCUCCGCCUUCACCUCAAGCCGCUGCCGAAGCUCAUCUCCCUGUCAUUUGAGUGCAUGUCGCCUCCCCACCGAGCCUGCCGACCGGCCGCCUUGCACGCCCGUCCACCUGAUGAGUGUCCUGAUUCUUCUCCUCCCUACCCGAGUUCUUCCGCCCCCCUCGAGUCAAGGGCUCGAGGCGGACGAGGAUCCAGAGUUCCGAAUGGAAGACGGCAAGGCCAACGGGGGUCCAGGCAGGGGCAAGCAGGGGACGCCCGUCUCGACGUGGCGAAUGCGUCUGCGCGAUAUCUCUGGUGGAUUCCGCCCGGUGCUCCACGAAGCGCGACCUGCGCCUCCUCCACGGUGCUCUCCUCCGUCUCCGACACCUCCUCCCGGCUGCCGACGCCGUCGCGGCGUUCGCCAAGCUCCUCCGCUUCGCCGGCGACCUCCGCCACGCCUCCGUGUUACUCUCCCUCCACCUCCCGCUUAUCUCCGCCGCCGCCUCCCACCUCGCCUUCUUCUAUAACACCCUCAUGCGCGGCCUCGCAGCAUCCUCCUCGCCCGGCGCUGCCAUCGAGCUCUUCAUGGCGAUGCGCCGCGCAGGCGCCGACCCUGACGCCUUCACUUUCACCUUCGUCCUCAAGUCUUGCUCUCGCUGCUAUUCGCCGGGGCGGUUACCUUCCGACCUCCACGCCCAGGCUUUCAAGCACGGCUGCCUCGGCGCGCGCAGCGCGCAUGCUCACGUCCACAAUGCGUUGCUGCACGCGUAUGCUUCUCGGGCUGCCGUGGACGACGCGCGUAGGGUGUUUGACGAAAUGCCCAUCCGGGUUGCAGUCUCCUUCUUGGGGCUACUCACGGUUCACCUCAAAGCCAACGAUUUGGAUUCCGCGCGCGUUGUGUUCGAUCAGAUGCCUCACCAGGAUUGAUCAUGUUCCAAAAGACCUAGAAGAUUUCUUGAUACCUGCCAGAAAAGUCUGCUUUUAUUUAUGCCAGAAGUCUCUGCUUCCUCUCCAGUUAGUUAGGAAAUGAGAGUAAUGAUGUUUGUUCUUCGCUUAACCAGGAAGUACAUCUGAGUGCUACAGUCAUUUCCUUACCUUUGCAUCCAGGGAACGUGGUGAGGUAUUGGCUGAUGCUCCGAAGACACUUCUUUGGGAAGGCAAGCAGCAGUAUAUGCUAAGAGCAGCUGCUUCCGUUAAACGUUUGGCCACAUUUGCUCUGUCAUUUGGCUCUGCAGAAGCAAUAGCAGGGACAAUAAUAUAAGUAAAAGGUGUUGCUCUGUACAAGGCUCAUAUCUCAUAGCUGAAGAAUCAUAUUGGAGGCAGCGACAAUAAUAGAAGUAAAAGUACCGGGAGUUCUGGGCUUUUCAACAUCAUAGAGAGCAGGGACAUGGACAAGUUAUUCAAGUCAAAACAGCUAUUCGAUGCAAACAUUCAGAGAUGACAAUGAGGUGUCAGUUUGUACAGUAGUCCAACAUGUUGAUCAAUGUGUAAUUGUAUAGCCUAUAAUAUCUAUUUCUUUUGCAUAUCUCAACUCUAUUAACCUUACAUUCUCGAAUUAUAACCAAC